GGUGUAAGGAGAGGACAAGAAGAGACCCGGUUCCACUGUUGCUGUAAGACUUGCCAGCACAGGACUCUUCCACCGCAGAUUUGGAGGAGAAUUCUCUGCCUUUCGUCUUUGGCUGAUCCCAUGACCAAAUAAUCACUACUCUCAAUAAUAGACACUGUUAAAAUAUCAACUUAAAAGUAUGAAAAAUAUGAGCUCCUAUAUUUUAUUCCAUCAAUGGCCUCCCCUCCUACCAUAAAAGAAAGAGACCACCACCCCAUAGCCUCCCCCUUCUCCCCCCUCCCCCACCCCCCCCUCCCACCAUCACCACCAUCCCAGAAUCACUGCCAACAAGAGGGAAAAGAGAGAGAAAUAAGGCAAACAAAGAAGAGAUCAUAAGAAAGCAAGCAAAAGAGAGAAGAAAGAAGUGGUUGAAAUAAAGGUUGUGGAUACCAAAUGUCAAACAUAACAGGAGAUGGUGGGAGCUUCUCCUCUGAGAACCACACAGGGGAGGAGGAGGUCCACCAGAGCCAGCAGCAGCAGCAGCAGCAUCCACUCCUUGGAACCAUCGCUGCCACGGCAAAUGGCAAUGGCUUGAACUCACAGCCACAGGCACUGCAGGUCAAGAAAAAAAGGAACCUCCCUGGGACUCCAGACCCUACAGCAGAAGUGAUUGCUCUAUCGCCGACAACCCUGAUGGCAACAAAUCGCUUUGUGUGUGAAAUUUGCAACAAGGGCUUCCAGAGGGACCAAAACCUCCAAUUGCACCGCAGAGGCCACAACCUCCCAUGGAAGUUGAGGCAGCGGACGAGCACAGAGGUUCGAAAGAGGGUGUACAUUUGCCCUGAAACCACAUGCGUUCAUCACAACCCGAGCCGAGCUCUAGGGGACCUCACAGGAAUCAAGAAGCACUUCUGCCGCAAGCAUGGGGAGAAGAAGUGGAAGUGCGACAAGUGCUCGAAGAAAUACGCAGUGCAGUCGGACUGGAAGGCUCAUACCAAGAUCUGCGGCACCAAGGAGUACAAGUGUGACUGUGGCACCAUCUUCUCCAGGAGAGACAGCUUCAUCACCCACAGAGCCUUCUGCGAUGCUCUAGUCGAAGAGAACAACAAGACCAGUAGUGGCCUGAUGCCUACCAUGGGCUCAAACCUCCAAGCUCAUCGAGUCCCCGAGCUUAUGAUGCCCAUCGGCACCCCCAGCACUGCUGACUCGCCGGUUGGACUCUCCGACUUCAAUAACCAUGACAUCAAGAACCCCCUCAAGGCCCUUCCCUACGACCUCAUGCCCACUCCAUUGCGUUCGCAUACCAUGGCUGGAAGCAUGCUCUCCACAACCACGGCCGCCACCCUCUUCAGCUCGAGGACCUUUCCCUCAGGUUACCAUGUGCUUAGCGAUAGCACCAAGAUGGGCCAGCUAGCCAUCGGGUCGGCCGACAUGUCGGCGACCGCAUUGCUCCAAAAGGCAGCACAGCUGGGUGCAACCGCCACCUGUGGCGCGACUGCCAUGACCUCCUCGAAAACCCACAGGAGCUUCAUCUCGGAAAUGGCCGGGCCUGAUCAAAACUCUACCAUUAGGCCUUAUGGUUUAUACGAUGGGGUGCAAACACAUGGGAUGGGAGUCGAUGGAGGAGGGUUUGUGAAUCAAUUUUUCGAUACUACAAUGGGUGAAAGCUCCGGGUUGAGUGACAUAGGAAUGUUUCCCUUGACCGCUGGAAUGUUGAACAAUAGUGGUGGUGGUGGUGGUGGUUCGCAGGGAGGGAGUGGGGGGUCAAGGUUGAGUUAUGGAGGAGGGGGAAGUGGGGACGUGAUGACUGUGGAUUUUCUGGGGGUUGGCAGAGCAAGGACGGUGCCAGCGAUGGGAUUACAUGAGAAGCAGCAGCAACAACAACAAGGGAUGCAAUUUGGAGGAGUUGGUCAGCAGAGGUUGCAGGAAUUGCACCCAUUUCAGCGGCAAGAACAGCAGCUAAGCUAUGGACAAGCUGCCAUGGAGAAGGCUUUGUGGGACGUUUGAGUGAGAAACAAUGUCGAGAAAAAAUAUGAGUUUCUUUCUCUCUCCCUCCCCUCCCUCCUCUCCCCUCCUCUCUUGAGCUGGGUAGAAUUGGUAGGAGCAUUUUGUUAGCAUUUUGGUAGGCUCUCAUGUAAGUUUUAACUGUUUGAUCUUCGGAUUAGAAAAUUUUUCCUGGCUUUGCUCAAAAAAAA